AUGCCUGCGAAGAAGGUCGAACCCAAGAAACCUGAGCCGAAGAAGCCGGAGCCCAAGAAAGAGGAACCGGCCACGCCUCCUCCCAAGCCGGCCGAACCCGAGGCCAAAGCCCCCGAGGUGGAUCUGAAGAGCGUGGUGCUGGAAUUCACGCCGGAGCAAAUGGAAGAGUUCCGCGACGCCUUCACGCUCUUCGACGAAACUCCCGCGGGCGAAAUGAAGAUCAGGUACGCGCAGUGCGGUGACGUGAUGCGUGCACUGGGACACAACCCGACCAACGACGACGUCUUGAAGCUACUGGGACGUCCCAAGGCUGAGGACAUGAACUCCAAACUGCUGGAUUUUGACACUUUCCUGCCCAUGCUGCAGCACGUGGCCAAGGCUAAGGAGCAGGGGAACUUCGAGGACUUCGUGGAGGGUCUGCGUGUGUUUGAUAAGGAGGGGAACGGCACGGUGAUGGGCGCCGAGCUGAGGCACGUUCUGGCCACUCUCGGGGAGAAGAUGACGGAGGACGAGGUGGAUCGGCUCAUGGCGGGACAAGAGGACGCCAACGGACACAUCAACUACACCGAGUUUGUCAAGCACAUCAUGGCCGGAUAG